AUGUUGAAUAACCAAUUCCCUCGUAGAGUUAGUUUUGAUUUGAGUCACAAUGUUGUGUAUGUGUUGCCUACCUUAGAAGAGUGCCGCCAUGCUGCCAAGCAAAAGAGUCGCGAAGAAUGGCAACGUAAGACACUGAAUGAAGACAUGAUCAAUGAUGAUAUUGUGACUGAAAUACAAGAAGACUGUUAUGCUAGUUCUCGUGAUUCUGAAGAAGAAGACUCUGUCAUCGAGACUCAACCUACUAAAAGUUGUUUAAAAAAACCACCUGUUGUUAUUUCUACUGAAAAGAAGAAACAAACCAAAAAGCAGCAACACCAAAAAAAGAGAAAAAGAUCCAAAGCUCAAGUAUUAUUACCUCAAGUGAUAUCUCAAUUAGCACCUAAAGAUGGUAGCAUAUAUUGUGAUUUAACAUUUGGUGAUGGUGGCUAUACUAAAGCCUUAUUAGACAGUUGUGAUUGUAGAGUAGUAGCUGUUGAUCAAGACCCGACAGCAUAUACAAAAGCACAACAACUCGCUACCAUACCAGCUUAUAAAGACCGACUAUUUCCUAUUCACGGCAAGUUUGGAUCGAUUCUUGACCAUAUCCAACGUGAAUUACAAUGGCAAACACCUUGUUUUGAUGGCAUCGUGAUGGACAUUGGUGUCUCGAGUGGACAGAUUGAAACACCAGAAAGAGGGUUUUCAUACAAAUUAGAUGGUCCUUUAGACAUGCGCAUGGCCUCACGUGGAAGACAUGUCGAGAUCGCAUCUGAUCAUGAAAAAGCAUUGCUAAGGAAAUCCAUCUCUGCUUAUGAGAUUGUCAAUUUUUUCAGUCGAGAACAAAUCGCAGACAUUAUUUACAAGUAUGGUGGGGAUCGUCUCUCACGCAAGAUUGCUGCUGCCAUUGUAACAGCAAGGCAAUCAGGUCCUAUUGAAACCACUCUGGCCUUGGCCAACAUUAUUCAGAAAGCAUGUCCUCAACCACGAUGGCAGCGUGGCCAUGAUGACAUGCUAAGGAAUUCAGCAGCACGUACAUUUCAGGCUUUUCGUAUCUAUAUUAAUGAUGAACUGGUCGAGUUGGAACACGCAUUAGCAGCCAGUGAAUACUUACUUGUGCCUCAGGGUAAACUGGCUGUUGUCACAUUCCAUUCACUUGAAGAUCGCAUCGUCAAGAACUUCAUGCAACAUUGUUCUGGUAAACGAUCGAUUCAAGAUGCGGAACAAAACCAGUUUAGUCUCAAGAGAGCAGCCAGUAAAGAAUACAAAAAGGCACUCAAAUACAGUACGGAUGUGAGUCAUAAGAUGAUCAUGCCCACAAAGCAGCAUGUGGUGCCUUCUUUUGAGAUCUGUACAAAACAUGUCAUUCAGCCUACAGAUGAAGAAGUAGAGAACAAUGCUCGUAGUCGAUCAGCUAAAUUACGUGUGGCCAAGCGGACAGAUGCACAAGCAUUAAAUCCAUUUUUAUUGUUUCAAUAA